AUGUAUAGAUCUGCGAGUUGGAACCGGGUUUCCGAUGAGUACAGCAGCUUGAUGCAGUCAUCGUCGUCGUCGUCGUCGCCGUCGCCGAGCAAGGGGAUGCUGCGAAUGUCGUUCGACGACGGCGAUCCGCAGCUGCCGCUUUACGAUGAGAAUAUCGCCGAGAUUGCGAAGAAGGAGAGGGCUCGCGACAAGUUUGCGGAAAAGGCCGUCCAUCUUAUCCCUUUGGUUCUUAUUCUCUGCGCUCUCAUUCUUUGGCUCUUCUCUACCACCCCAGGUGUGGGAAAUAAAGAGGGAUCAACAGCAGCAAGAAUAGAAGGAUUGAGCAUAGAAGAGGAGAUCGAUAAUGAUAGCGAUGGCACUCAAACGGGCAUUAUUCCUACAGUUGAUCAUUUGAAAAAUCACAUGAUGGACUCCCCAAGAAUGACUCGAGAUCACAAAUCCUCAAAAAAGAUGAAAUAG